AUGCCGCAGGAAGGGGGAACAUGUGGCAGCCCCAGGCAGGCGGGGAUCCUCUCCACGUAUCCCCCAGCCUCCUUCCUGGCCAUGAAGGACUUCACCAAGAUCGACUUUCACCCAAAGGUGCAGAAUCAAAACCAGGAGACGGUCAUCUUGUCUUUGCCAUCGAAUUUGCUGAUGGAGUUCUCCAACCCCGUGUUUGAGGAGGACGCCGAGAAGCUGACCCAGAACCAGCCGGAGGAGGAGAAGGGCAGAGAUGCCAAACUCACCGCCAAUGGAUUUGCUCAACAAGUGCAAGAGGAAGCCAGCAAGAAAUUCAAGCCAGACUGCAAAUUCUCCUGGCUUUGUGUGACCGUCCUGAGCCUUCUCCUCCUCCUCCUCCUGGCCUUGCUCGUGGGCAUCCUAGUCACCUACCUGUGUGGAGGUGAACUUGGAGGCCCCGGGGGCACCUUCAGCUCUCCCAACUACCCCAAUCCCUACCCGCAUAAUGCCCUCUGCUACUGGCACAUCCAAGUGAAGUUGGGGAUGGUGAUUCAGCUGAAAAUAGAAACCAUGGAUGUGGAGGCCUCCGAACUGUGCUUCUACGACUGGCUGGAGAUCUACAAGGAGUCGGAUAAUCUCUCACUUUGGGACAGGAGCACCAGCUUCACCAGUGAAUUGGAUAAGAGCAAUGCAGAAAAACAUAUCCUGUAUGAAAUAUCGCUCCAGGGGGAAGUGGGGGUGGUGGACAGCUCCUUGAUCCUUUGCUUAUGUGGUGACUUUUGCAGGUAUUGUGGCACUGUAGCUCCAGCGACUAUCAACACCAACUCUAACCAGAUUGUAGUUGGUUUUGUGUCCGAUGAUAAUGUUGCUCCCUCGGGCUUCACGGCGAGGUACCGAGCCAUCCUCCCCAGUGAAAGUAAGUUCCAGCUGUUUCCUGACUACAUUUCCCAAAGUAUCUCAAAAAAGAAGGGAGCCAAGAAGCGGUAUAUAAGUCGAACUGCUAUGGCUAUAAUUGCAACCAGUUCUGAGGUAGACUGGAUUUGCUCUGAACCUUUAAUUCUAUUUAUUCCAGAGAACUGCUCCUGGGACGAAUUCUUCUGUGACCAGGGACUUUGCCUCUUCCCAGCCUUUGUGUGCGAUGGUCACCAGGAUUGCCUGGACAAUAGAGAUGAAGCCAAUUGUAGUGCCAAGCAUACAGGUUGUGGUGGGACCUUGACCAGCUUGGAGGGACAGUUCUUCUCCCCAAACUACCCCAAACCAUACCCACACCUACAGAUUUGUCUCUGGCACAUCUCCGUCCCUGUGGACCACGUGAUCCAAUUGCAAUUCUACAACUUCAGCCUCGAGUCCCACAAAGACUGCAAUUUCGACUUUGUGGAGGUCUACGACAGUGCCGCCAUGGGGGCCGGCAGCCUCAUGGGUCGGUUCUGCAACUCCAAUCCGCCUCCAGUGUUGACUUCAUCCCAACACGUCAUGACCAUCCUGUUUGUGGCUGACGAGGAGAUUGUGGAUGAUGGGUUCUUUGCUGUCUACCGUGCCCACAACCUGAGUGAAAGUAGGAAUGGCGAGUGUGUGGCCCAGGAGUUUGUGUGUGACAGCUGGAGGAACUGUCCGGAUGGAAGUGACGAAGUCAACUGUACCAGCAUUUCUUCCACCUCAGUGGCAGAGGCCGCCUGCGAACCGAUAAAGAUAGAAAUGUGCCAAGGUCUCAGCUACAAUUCCACCUCCUUCCCCAACAUCUGGCUGAUGAUCCCCCAUCAGCAGAAUGCUGAGGAGCUGCUUCAAGACUACAUGGUGAGGCUCAGGGCAGUCCGGCCCUCUCUUUUUCAGGUGCUGCGGGAUCUCAGGUGCUACCCGUUCCUGCGCUUGCUGAUCUGCAGCCUCGUCGUCCCCAAGUGCAUCCCGGGAGGGGGCACCUUGCAGCCCUGUCGCUCCGUGUGCCUGGGGGCGGAGGAGCACUGCCGGAAUCCCCUGGCCCACUUGGACAUCCUCUGGCCCUUGAACUGCAACAUCCUGCCCGACUCCGCCAACCCUCUGAAGUGCUUCUUACCUUGAGGAGCCCCCCACCCCGUGCCCAGUGCCCAGACGAGGAGGAAGGGAGGGAGGACCAAUUGGAGGCAGCCAGGAGAAGUCCCAGUCCAUAAGAUCCUUUGAUCCGUUCAUCUCGCAGGGAGCCUUUACCGGUUGAGCUCGAAAAUAUCUCCGGGGAAUUCCUCCUCCGUUGAGUCUCCUUCUGGGCUCCACUUCUGUCUCUGUCGAAUUAUAGAUUGCAAACAGAUCGAGGGAUCUCUCUGUCCUGGAAUUCUAGGUCGUGAAGUUGGAAGGGAUCUCAAAGGUCAUCUAACCUAACUUCCACUAAGUCAUCUCUGACAGAUCACCAUUCGAGGUCUGAAGAUCUGCGGCCAUGGAAAGCUCAACACUUCAUUGGCCAGCCUUCUACCCUUAGCUGAGGGUUGCGCAAUCGGAACGUCCCUCUUCAUCUCAACUCCCACGGAUUCUGCAGGCAGAUCUGUGAACUAAAAACUAGGACUGUGGUGGAGAACCAAUGGCACGCGUGUCCAAAGUGUCCCGUGAAGCCAUGUUGGCUGGCAUGCGCAGAGUUGCCCGAUCCUCCUCCUGGUUCCUGACACGCAUGCGCAUGUGAUGAUCAGCUGAUUUUUGCACACA